AUGCCAGACCCAACCCCCAUACCAGAAGGCUACGUGGGAAACCUCACCCCAAUCCAAGAAGAGAAACUACAAAAGUUCUGGAAAAUACUGCAGCAAUCAUGGGAUGCCAGUCUACUCAAUGCAGAUGAUACCACCUCCGUAGCCAAUUCGAGUGUCACAAACACAAAAUCCCGUCGUCGGUUCUUCUCCUUUAGUCGCGCGCCCACAGAGCCAACGGACGAUGACCUCCUAUCUACCAUCCCGCCCAAUCUUCUAGGAUCCCUGAAACGCCUGGGCGCAGGCGUGACGGAGCUCCGAGCUAUCCAGUCCAUCCUCACUCAGCUCCCAGGCGCCAAACUGCGCGCUGCGCUCGUGUCAAUGCUUAAACAAGAUCAUCCCGACGCUCUAUGCCUACGUUUCCUGCGCGCGGAAAAAUGGGACGUUCCCAAGGCGUGGAUCAAGCUGGUGCGCACGCUCGACUGGCGCGUAAAUGGGUACAAAGUUGAUGAGCUGAUGGCCAGGGGUGAGGAAUACGCAUUCGUUAAUUCCAACAAGGAGGGGGAUUCGAUCGAGAAGAAAGAUGGGGAGGGAUUCUUGCUUCAGGCACGGACGGGGAAGGGACAUCUGCGCGGAAUUGAUCUGGAGGGACGUCCUAUUUGUAUUGUGCGGGUGCGGACGCAUCAGCCUGGUGUGCAGACGACAAAGGGGUUGAAUGAUUAUAUUAUUCAAAUGAUUGAGAUCGUGCGGCUACUAAUGGUCCCGCCUGUGGAGUCGAUGGCUAUCGUUUUCGACUUGACGGCCUUCUCCAUCUCGAACUGGGAACUGGCUCCCGUGAAGUUUAUUAUCGAUUCGUUUCAAGAAAACUAUCCCGAAUCAUUGGGCGCUAUGAUCUUCUACAACGCCCCAUGGAUCUUCUCUGGUUUCUGGAAAAUCAUCAGCGGCCUCCUCGACCCGGUCGUCGCCUCGAAAGUCCAUUUUGUCACCGGCGCUGGAGAGCUGGCGGGUCUCGUCCCUGCGGAGCACAUAAUCAAAGAGCUUGGCGGUCCAGAGGACUGGGAAAACAACUAUAUCGAGCCUAGACCGAAUGAGAACGAGAGGCUGCGUGACACGGCUACUCGGGAUGUCAUUUUGGAGGAGAGGGAGGCGUUAGCUGGGGAUUUGUUCAACAUGAAUGCGGAGUGGGUCACGGGCUCCCAGGAUUCUUCCUUGAGUAACCGCCGAGACUUGGUGAUCGAGCAGUUGUCGGCAAACUAUUGGAAGCUUGACCCCUAUGUGCGAGCUCGUUGUCUUUUGGAUCGUACGGGGGUUAUCAAAGAGGGUGGAAAUAUUGAGUUUUACCCCGAGCCGGAGGUUGUGAUACAGAGUGAGGUAGAAGAGAAGACGGCCACAACGGAGGAAGCUAACGGUAUACAAUUGCCGAUGGCUGCUUGA